AUGCUGAUUGCGCCAAUCUCCUUGCCCCCUGACUUCUCCUUCACCUCGGUGGUCAGGCCACGAUUCGAGGACCACCUGCCAACGCGGCCGGUGGACCGCGACAAGGCCGAGUCGGAGCUCUCGCUCAACAUCAAAAAGGCCACCAACCCAGACGAGACGGCGCCCAAGCAGAAGCAUGUCCGGAAAUGCAUCGUCUAUACGUGGGACUACCACACGUCGCAGUCGAUCUGGACGGGCCUGCGGGUGCAGCCGAUCCUGAGCGACGAGGUGCAGACGUUCAAGGCGCUCAUCCUCGUCCACAAGGUGCUCCAGGAGGGCCACCAGUGCGCGCUCAAAGAGGCCCAGGCCCAGAUGGGCUGGUUCGAGACGUGCGCCCGCACCGUCGGCGCCGACAGCAUGAAGGGCUACGCCGCCCUCAUCCGCGCCUAUGUCAACUUCAUCCUCGCCAAGCUCCGCUUCCACCGCCACCACAAGGAGUUCAACGGCCUCUUUGAGUACGAGGAGUACAUCUCGCUCAAGAACAUCGACAACCCCGACGAGGGCUACGAGACCAUCAUGGACCUCAUGAACCUCCAGGACCAGAUCGAGUCGUUCCAGAAGCUCGUCUUUGCCCACUUCCGCGGCUCGGCCAACAACGAGUGCCGCAUCUCGUCGCUGGUGCCGCUCGUCAAGGAGAGCUACGGCAUCUACAAGUUCCUCACCUCGAUGCUGCGAGCCAUGCACCGCCGCACCGACGCCAGCGACGCCCUCGAGCCGCUGCGCGGACGCUACAACAGCCAGCACUACAGCCUCCGCAAGUUCUACUACGAGUGCGCCAACCUCAAGUUCCUCACCAGCCUCAUCAACGUGCCCAAGCUCAACCACGACCCUCCCAACCUGUUUGACCUGCCCGACGAGGGCCCGUUGCUGCCGCCGCGCCAGACGCCCAAGGCGCCUUCGCCGGCGCCUGCGGGCCCGUCGCAGGCCGAGAUCGAUGAGCAGGCGCGGCUGCUCAAGCAGUACGAGGACAAGCAGGCGGCGCUCAAGGCGCAGGAGGAGGCCGAACGGCAGCGGCAGGCCGACCUGGCGGCGCAGCAGCAGCGCGAAUUUGAGGAGCAGCAGCGCCUCCAGGCCGAGCAGCAGCGGCAGGCCCAGGAGCAGCUGAUGCGGGCCCAGAUGGACCAGAUGCAGGGCGGCCGCCUCGCCGAGCUCGAGCGCGAGAUCCUGGCGAUGCGCGGCCAGUACGAGCGCGACCAGCUGAUGCUCGAGCAGUACGACCGGCGCGUCAAGGCGCUCGAGAACGAGCUCGGCAGCAUCGGCCAGAAUGUCGGCGCGCAGAUGGCGGGCAAGGACGAGCUGAUCAAGCAGCUGCAGGACCAGGUGACGCUGUGGCGCAACAAGUACGAGGCGCUGGCCAAGCUCUACAGCCAGCUGCGCACCGAGCACCUCGAGAUGCUCGCCAAGUACAAGCAGAUGCAGAUCAAGGCGGGGAGCGCGCAGGAGGCGGUCGACAAGAUGGAGCGGAUGGAGCGCGACGUCAAGGCCAAGAACCUCGAGCUGGCCGACAUGAUCCGCGAGCGCGACCGGGCGCGGUUCGACCUGGACCGGAUCAAGGCCAGCCAGAAGGAGGAAAUGGACCGCCUCAAGCGCGACCUCAUGUUUGCCAACGAGCGCGCCGAGGACGCCACGCGCGCCAAGAGCUCCGAGCUGUCGGGCAUGAUGGGCACGCUCAACCGCCAGAUUUCCGAGCUCGAGGAGGCGCUGCGCGAGAAGCGCGACCGCGCCGACCAGCUGCUCCACCAGCUCGACGCCAAGGACGACGAGAUCGCCCGGCUGCGCGAGGAAAAGGACGCCGAGCUGGCCAUCAUGCAGGAGGGCAUGGACGCCACCAUCAAGCAGAUGAGCGACCUGCAGCUCAACCAGGGCGUCACCGACGAGGCCGUCAACGCCCAGAUCGACACCCUGAUCCUCGACAAUACCAAGAAGCUCAACGCCAUCAUCGACUCGAUCCUCCAGGCGUGCGUGGAAAAGGUCGACGACGCCAUCUACGAGCUCGAGUCGCCGGCCCAGUCGGGCAACACGACGGCCACGCCCGAGUAUGUGCUGUCGAUGAUCGAAAAGGGCUCGACCGAGUCCAACGAGUUUGCCACCGUCUUCAGCCUCUACCUCUCGGGCGAGGCCGGCGGCGAGCACGUCGAGGUCAUCAAGCGCGCCAACCAGUUUGCCCAGACCAUCAGCGACACGCUGCUCAGCGUCAAGGGCAUCACCCGCCUCGCCCAGAGCGACGACGCCCAGGACCGCCUGGUGCGCACGGGCCGCGAGGCGGGCGACGUGCUGCUGCGCUUCUUUGCCAACCUGCAGUCGUACCGCCUGGCCGGCAUCGCGCCCGCCUCGCGCCGCGACGCCGUGGCGCGCCAGAACAUGGAGGCGCGCACGGCGCUCGGCAACCUCAACACCGUCGUCGAGGGCAUGGUCAAGGCGGGCAACUCGAUGCUCAAGAACGCCAACGGCGACAUUGGCGACAUUGUCGAGCGCGAGAUGCUCAGCGCCGCGUCGGCCAUUGACGCGGCGACGCAGAAGCUGCAGGCGCUCCUGUCGCGCCCGCGGGACAGCUCCAGGUUCAGCGCCGUCGACCUGCAGGUGCACGACGCCAUCCUCGAGGCGUCGCUCGCCAUUACCAAGGCCAUCGCCGGCCUCAUCCGCGCCGCCACCGACAGCCAGCAGGAGAUUGUGGCAAAGGGGCGCGGCAGCUCGACCAACCAGCAGUUCUACAAGAAGAACAACCGCUGGACCGAGGGCCUCAUCUCGGCGGCGCGCGCCGUGGCGUUCGCCACGACGAUGCUCAUCGAGGCCGCCGACGGCGUCAUCAGCGGCACGCACAGCCUCGAGCAGCUCAUUGUCGCCUCCAACGAGGUGAGCGCCGCCACGGCCCAGGUCGUCGCCGCGUCGCGCGUCAAGGCCGAGUUCAUGAGCAAGACCCAGGACCGCCUCGAGCGCGCCGCCAAGGCCGUCACUGAGGCGUGCCGCGCCCUCGUCAAGCAGGUCAAGACGAUCACCGACAAGCAGUCCAACGGCGCCGCCGACGCAGACUACUCGACCAUGGCCGUGCACGAAUUCAAGGUCAAGGAGAUGGAGCAGCAGGUCGAGGUGCUCAAGCUGGAAAAGGAGCUCACCCAGGCCAGAAGGGUGCUGGGCGCCAUGCGGCGCGCCGGCUACCACGCUACCGAGGACGACGACUGA